AUGUCCUCUACAGGAAAAAAGAAAGGCAUUCGCAACUUCAUAGGACGCUCAAAGAAUAAACUCAAAGCAGUGUUUGCUUCCGCCCGCGCAUCAGAUGUCCCGAUUUUUGCACCCUCUACUCACACCGACGCUCAGUCGUUACAAGCGGAGCCAGCUACUCACAAAGGCACGGUGCCUGCUGCCAGCUCAUCACGGCUUUCAGACGUAGAUCAACCGUCAGCCGCAAUAAAUUCGUUCGACGGUGCUUACGUGACCACGGACACCGCGGCUUCCACAGUACCCCGGUCUGCGACCUCUGAGCCUUCGGUUUUACAAACUCUGGUCAGUACGCUGAGGUCAUUGCAAGAAAGCGCAGUAGUAUUCCCGCCUCUUCAAGCCGCUAUCGGAGGACUGGUAUCCUGCGUUGAACGUAUCGAGUUGAGCGUGACGCACCACAAUGAGAUGGUCGAUCUGGCGACAAGGCUGAGUUCACUUAGCGCGUCGCUCCGUCGGCACAUAGAAGUGUCUAAGUCAGAUGAGGUUUCGGAGUUCCUUGAAGCAAAGGCAAGGUCCGUCGAAGAGCAAGUGGACAUCAUCCGCAGCAAGCAGGGCCGCGGAAAAACAGGGUACUACAGGCAAGCCGAACAAGAUGAAGAAGACAUACUGCGAGGAUACAGGCGCAUAGCUGAGAUUCUUGGCGAUCUACAGACCGAGGCAAGCUUGAACAUGUGGCACAUAGUUGCAGAGCAGCGCGCGGACUCACGUCUCGACGCUUUAUCACCUGCUGACUCCGCCGUCUACAACUCGCUUUUAUCCCACGAGGUCAAUCGCAGGGCGUGUACCAAGAACACUCGAUCGCAGAUCCUGCGUGAGCUCGAUCAGUGGUCGCUCGACCAGACCAAGCCCAACGUGUUCUGGAUGAACGGAAUGGCCGGAACGGGCAAGACAACCAUUGCAUACACCUUUGCCAAGUCUCUCAACGACCGCGGCGCACUCGGCGCUAGUUUCUUUUGCACGCGCACUUCGGACGAAUGCCGGGACGUGGGAAGAAUCGUGCCAACUAUUGCGCACCAGCUUGCGCAGUACUCGCCAUCAUUCCGGUCGGCGCUGUUGCGGGUUUUGGAGAGAGAGCCCAGGGUCAAGUCGCAAUCGAUCGACAGUCAAUACGAGAAACUGAUCAAGGAGCCGCUAUCGAAGGUCAAAACCAAGAUGACAAAGGGGCUUGUGGUGGUGAUCGAUGCACUGGAUGAAUGCAACAAUCCGAACGGCGUUGGGACAAUCCUUGAUGUGCUGUUCCGAAUCGCCCCUGGUCUGCCUCUGAAGUUCUUCGUCGCCAGCCGACCCGAGCCGGACAUCCGCCACAGGGUCGAGGCGCAGCCUGAACACAGUCGGUCGAUGUGCGCGCUGCAUGACAUCGAGGCGUUGCUUGUGCAAGCGGACAUCGAGCUAUACAUCCGUGACGAGCUUCCUGACAGCGUGUCCGAGUCUGAUCUCAUCCAACUUGCGAACCUGUCGAAGAACCUGUUCAUAUAUGCGGCCACGGCAAUUCGGUACAUCCGAAGAAAAGGAACUAUGGUUGACCAGGAUCGACUUGAAGCUAUUCUCAGCUCGGCCCUCAAUUUAGGUUCGCGACACGCCGCCAUUGACGAGCUGUAUACUACGAUUCUGAAGGCUGCAACCGAUGAGCUAGAGCAAGAUCCCGAAGAGCAAGAGCAGAUGCGUCGGAUACUCUGGACGGCAGUUUGCGCGAGAGAGCCGGUCGACGUCGACACGCUCGCAGCGCUCACCGGCAUAAAGCCGACAAAAGCCGACAUGCUGCUGCAGUCCCUUUACUCGGUGCUGCACGUGUCAGGACGGAAGAGCAAGAUCACCACGCUGCAUGCAUCGUUCCCGGACUUUCUGUUUGACAAGGCACGAUCGACACGGUUCUACUGCGACGAGGCAAAGCACAGUCAGCUGCUGGGCGAACGCUGCUUCAAGGUGAUGGAAGACCAGCUGCGGUUCAACAUAUGUGGUCUGGAAAGCUCGUUUGUAACUGAUAGCGAAGUAGAGAACAUAGAAGACCGGAUAACAAGGUCAAUCUCGCCGGCGCUAUCGUAUACUGCGCAUUAUUGGGGAGACCAUGUAGUCAAGAGCACGCCCUGUGAGGCGGUUCGGAAAGGGCUGAGAUACUUCCUAUCGUAUCGACUGCUGUCCUGGAUGGAAGUGAUGAGCCUGAAGCGUACGCUCGACAAGGGCAUCAGCAUGCUGUCGGCGCUUAAUCCAUGGCUGACGGGCGAAAGCGGAUCAUCAGAUCUGAUGCAGUCAGUGAAUGACUCGCGGAUCUUUGUGUCAAAGUAUGCGGCCGGAUCGGUCUCGCAGUCGACGCCGCAUAUAUACAUCUCGGCAUUGGCAUUUUGCCAUCACUCAAGCUCGGUACAUAAGCAGUACUGGGGUCGUACUCGGGGGCUCCUUCGUCUGCAAGGGUCUGCAAUAGAACAAAGUCAAACGGCGAUACUGGCAACAUGGCCGAUCCACUCGACUCCCCACUCGCUAGCAUUCUCUCCCGCUGAGUCUCGAUUUGCAGUUGGAUGUUAUAAUGGCACAGUUCACAUAUUGCAUGGUCAUAGCGGAGCGGUUGCUCUGGGACCCCUCGAGGGGCACACCGAAUUCGUCAACUGUGUAGUAUUCUCUCCCGACGGAUCGCUGCUUGCCUCUGCUUCUAACGACGGCACAGUUCUUGUCCGGGAUGCACAAACGGGCAACUGCAUAUAUGACGUCAUCCGGGGGCAUAAUGAUCGGGUGAUGUCAGUGUGUUUUUCGCCGAAUGGCAAGCAUCUCCUCUCGGGGUCCAGGGACCAGACAACACGGAUGUGGGACAGUGGCAACGGCAGUCUCAUACCCAACUCCAUCAAACGCCAUCCUGACGGAGUCAACUGCACGGCAUUCUCUCCUGAUGGCAAGCUUAUUGCAUGUGGCUUGUGGAGCCACGAGCGUCCUAUUGUUGUUUACGACGCAUCCACUGGCGAAUCGCUCCCAUUUCCAUUCGACGCUCAUCAAUCCCCAGUCUCUUCAAUCGCCUUUUCACCAAACAGCAAGCACCUUCUCACCGGCCAUGUGUAUGGUGAUCUGCGCGUCUUGAGUCUAGAUGAUGGUACCGCCACACACUCCCCACCCAAAGUACACAGCCAGGAAAUCACAUCCAUUCGGUUUUCGCCACUCGGAGACAAACUCGUCACUGGCUCUCAUGAUAAGUGCGUGUAUAUAUGGGAUGUAGAGAACGGCUACUCGAGCCCUUGCCUACUUGGCACACACGACGACCAUGUUUCCUCCACGGCGUUCUCACCCGACGGCACACGAGUUGCAUCAUGCUCACAGAGGGGCGUCAAGAUGUGGAAUGCACUCCACUCGACAUCUGCUCACACCUCGCACCGGAACACACCAACCGAGGGUGUCCGCUCCAUUGCCAUCUCGCCUGACGGGUCACGCAUCGCCGCAGCGGGUUUUGACAAAGUGAUCUAUAUGUUCAACGCACACGACGGCACUCCCAUUCUCGAGCCACUUGUCGGACAUACCAAUACGAUCUUCUCGGUGGCGUUCUCUCCCAACGGAAGGUACCUUGCUUCAGGCGGUAUUGACGGGAUAUGUUUGUGGGAUGCCACCAGUGGCAAGCUGCUCUCAGAUGGGCUUGGAGUGGAUGAAGGCUGGGUUGAUUCGAUUUCGCUCUCACCCAAUAGUAGGCACAUUGUUUCUGCCUCGCAUGCCUGGAAGACCUCGAACCAGAAGAUAACAUGUGUAAGGGUGUGGGAGGUGGAUGAUGGGACUCUGACGCCUACCAACCUGGUUAGAAGACACGAAGAUGAGGUCGAAUCUGUAGCAUUCUCCCCCGAUGGCGAGCGCGUUGUUUCGGGCUGUGGUGAUAGAAAUAUUCGUAUGUGGGACUCGAAGACGCUGUCGCUCGUGUUCAAUCCGUUCGGGUCGUGGAAGUAUACAAGUGACAUUACAUCAGUGAUAUUCUCGUUCGAUGGCAGGCUUGUUGCCUCCGCAUCCUCUGAUGGCACUAUCUGCAUCUUCGACUCACACAGUGGUGGCUUAGUUCUAGGUCCCCUCGACGCACAUCAGUACUCGGUUGAGUCGAUUGUGUUCUCACCCGACAGCUGUCAUAUCGCAUCUGGCUCGGUUGAUGGAAGCGUUCGAGUGUGGAGGGUGGCGGACGGAGCUCCUGCAUGUGAGCCACUUCAAGGACAUCAGGGUUGGGUUGACUCGGUGGUAUAUUCAUCCGACGGCGCAUACAUCGUAUCGGGCUCAAGGGACUCGACGAUUCGAGUAUGGAAGGCACCAGGAACAGGCGCUACACCCGGGCCGUCCGGACCUGACCCUUUAACGGCAGAUCUGAGAGAACGCCACCGUGCGAUAGCUGGUGGACUGACAAUCGAUGGUAAUGGGUGGGUGCGAAACCGCCACUCGCAGCUGCUGUUCUGGGUUCCAUCCGAUAUGCUCAAGCUUUUUCCCGCUCUUGAGAGUGUAUAUACCAUUGGACCUGAAGGCAUACUCCACACGGAUUAUAACCAGCCCCUUUUGCUCGGUGAGGAGUGGCAUGGAUGCUAUGUGGGCUGA